AAGCAAUUUCCUUCGCAUGUCGUGUAUAGAACAGGAGGAAGCGUAGUGCAUCAGUUUGGGCAGAUCAACUGCGCCGUUGCGUGUCCAUUCGGUCACAUAACUGAGGCGGCCAUUGAGAGAGCUCGAGCAGUGCUUGAGCAGUGCAAGCAGAACGUCAAGGAGCUGACCGCAACGCUUGCCCGCGAGGGCCACACGGACGUUGAUGUACUGCAGAUUUUCGAUAAGAGUCGAACGCUCACUGCACAGUUUUACGAAAACUUCCCAGUUGGCAACUUCGCGUAUGGUGCUAUCGAGAUUCUGGACAACGAUGAUAAUAUUCGAAAGGCUCAGUCCGCACUGAACAGAUUGACGGAAGUAGAAGUUUCUACAAGAAUUCUCACUGCCGCCGCUCAACAUCCAGAUCUUGACCGAUUGAGCUUCAUCACUUCUGCGCUAGAAUGCGGUUUUACGGAAAUGAAACCAGCAGAUGAAAUGAGCCAAAUGAUCUUGAGGUACAUCCACGUCACGGGUGAACCUUCUGCCAAAAUCAAGACUAUAAUCGCCUUAUCGCCGAGGACCGCCACUUUGAAUUUUGAAAAGUUUGUGGAUGAAGAAAACCAGAAGUUUCUCUGGCACGGCACGAAAGCUGUCAAUCUACUUAGCAUCCUCAAAGAUGGUUUCCUCGUUGAUCCACAGAACACAUCUAUUACAGGAAGACUUUUUGGUGAUGGCAUCUACCUCUCGGACGCUUUCCAAAAAAGUGUAAAUUACUGCGUAGCAUCGGCCAAACAUUGUAGAUACAUGCUGCUCUGUCGUGUAUGUGGCAUUGGGCAAAACUUUCACAUUGAAAUCCUGGGAUUAUUCAGCGAAUGA